GCGAAAGGUCGGAAGCCUAACCUACGGAUUCCGGUAAGCACAGACAAGCACGUUCAGAGCUGAAAACGAAGAAACGCCUGGGUGAUCUCGUACUAUCUGUGUCUUGAGACCCAGGUUAACAAAGGAAUAACCAAGGCAGUUCGAGAUUCCAUGCAUGUUCGAGAUUCCCCCAAUCAAUACCAUUGUCAAGCUAUGAUCUCCGGCUCGAACUUCCCUGGAGUCCGAAAAGCCACUAUGAUAUCCAGAUUUCUGGGAUCCUGGCACAUUUGGCCCUGUCAAUUUGUUCUCGUCAAGCGAAGAUCCACAUUGGUAAAUACGUUAUGCUAGUAUCACAAACACAGAGAAUCUCCCGAUUAGUACGGCACGCCGCCCGAACACCCACAGAAUUGUCAAUUCCCCGUCUCUCCAGAGAAGCCACUAGGGACGCCUCUAACUAGUAUAAGAGACCCCUAUUCCUCUCUUCCAGCCCCCCCCUCAUCAGCAACAGCCCAGGUGAUACCCUACAGUCUUCUUCAUAUCGAAGUCUUCAUUUGCGAGCCUCACUAUCUCUCCAUAAUGGCCCCACCUCAUGUCGAUGAUCAGUACUCUGCGGGCUCCACCUACCCACCAAACUGGAUUCCAGUUGUGGAGAAACCCCUACGCACCCCGAAACGAAAACCAGUUCAAGUACGGGGACUUUAUGGACCACAUUAUCUAUGAGAAAAACCAUGAUAUUGGCGGAACGUGGCUUGAGAACAGAUACCCAGGGGUUGCCUGUGAUGUUCCUGCUCAUAUAUACACCUUCUCAUGGGAGCCAAAUCCGGACUGGAGCGAGUUUUACGUUGGCGGAGAAGAAAUUUUCCAAUACAUGAAGCGUACAACGGCGAAAUACGACCUUGCAAGAGAUGUUGUUUUCAAUUCCAAGGUUGUGGAAGCCAUCUGGGACCAGGGGCGAGGUAAAUGGGAGCUCAAGAUUGAGCAAGAGGGACGAUUUAUCUGGGACGAAUGCGAUAUCUUUAUAAACGCCUCAGGGAUCCUGAAUAAAUGGAAGUUACCAUCCAUUGAAGGAAUAAACGCUUUCAAGGGACACUUGGUGCAUAGUGCGAAAUGGGAGGAUACUUACGACUUUGCUGGAAAGAGAGUUGGAAUUAUUGGAAACGGAUCUUCCGCACUUCAGAUCGUCCCCAAGCUACAGGAAGUCGCUGGACACCUAGUAAACUUCAUGCGUACCCCAACCUGGAUUAGUGCGACAUACUCUUCUGAGCUUCUUCCUGAUGGAAAGAACUUCUACUAUACAGAAGAGCAGAAGUCUGAAUUCCGGAACAAUCCUAAGUUGUUAAACGAGUAUCGCAAAAAAAUUGAGAGCGGCUUCAACAAAUUCUUCUAUGCCCUUCUCAACGACUCCCCUGCCCAAGCUGCUAUAACGGAGCAGUACACACAAAUUAUGUCCGAGCGCCUCGGUAACGACCCAGAGCUUAUCAAAAAAUUUAUACCAAGCUGGAGAGUUGGUUGCCGUCGUCUAUCUCCCGGGGAAGGGUAUCUGGAAGCCCUGCAGGCCCCCAAUGCGAAAUACACAUGGGAUCCUAUCGAGCGCAUUACCGAGAAGGGCGUAGUGACAUCCGCUGGCGAAAUCGAACUGGAUGCAAUUGUAUGCGCCACGGGCUUCGACGUCUCUUUCAUGCCCCAGUGGAAAAUGCGAGGGCUCAACGGCUCUACAUUGGACAAAUGGCGGGAUGACCCUGAAGGAUAUUUGGGAAUAUUCGCCCCCAGCAUGCCCAAUUACUUCAUCGUUAACGGGCCCAAUUGCCCCGUCGGACACGGCUCACUGCUCUCCGUCAUGGAGUGGACAACGGAGUACAUCAUCCGCUGGGCCAAGAAAAUAGCUUCCGAGAACAUCAAAGCCGUAAUGGUAAAGCCCAACGUAGUCCGAGAAUGGAAUGUCUACGCCCAAGAAUACCUCAAGCGCACCGUCUGGACCAGCGGUUGCCGCUCCUGGUACAAGAAUGGCAAAAUCGAGGGGAAAGUCACGGCAACAUACCCUGGUAGCGUCAUCCACUACAAAGAAGUCUUGGAAACCAUCCGCGGUGAAGACUUUAACAUCGAGUACUCCGAGCCCAGGAACAGGUUUGGCUUCAUGGGAAAUGGUUUCACGGCUCUUGAGAUGGAUGAGGAUGCGGAUUUGGCAUUUUAUAUGUAUAAGUGAGGCUCUGUAAUCGAGUUCUUGCAGACUUAGUUUCGAGAUAGCCAUUCAGCUCCCGUGUUUGUUAGUUGGGUAUAUUUGUUAGAUUGGCCUCAGGGAUUUAAUUUGAGUCUACAACGAUACACCCG